CGUUCCCGUCGCGUUCACGCAAAGCAUACCGACUACUCUGCAGAGUGAGGUUUCAUGCGGCAUGAGCUAACUUAUGUCUGUUUGCCGUCGACUACUGCCUCAAGGACACGAUAUAACUCGCGUUUCGUCAUUUACACAUGCACUACGUGCCUCCCAACUUCCCUCUCGCCGACCUCGUCUCGCGCAUUAUGCUGCAAUUAACUCUUCCGCAGUGUUACAUUCAAGCUCACGCGCCGGAGAGAUACCAUCGUCAAGUCACGUUCAAUUCGACCGAACACGCCAGCUUCUCGCCCAAAAACUCAAGGAAGCUACCCAACUUUCGUCUGCAGGCGGCGCGUCGACUUCUCGACAGGCGGAAGUCAGGACAGACGACCCUCUCGCCAUGUUCUUGUCCUUACGGUGCAAGGACCGGUCUCUUGUCACGAAAGUGCCGGGUUCGGCGCUCGUAUACUUGUACGAGACCGCUGCAGAACUCGGACAGCUGCAGACCAUGGAGCUCAUUGCGAAGGAUAUCGUCGAGGUAUGGGCAACCAACACACCCGCUAGCAUUGACACCUUGUUCAUGAUGCUGGCGUGCAUGCGACGGGUCGAGGAAGCUCCUUUCUCCCAUAUUGACGAUUUGCUCGAGGCAAUCCGCGAUACGGUCCCAUCCAUCACGUCAUCCGCAACGUCUCAGUCUCUUGCUCUCCAAUAUUUACUAGACUGCACGUUCUUGGAUGCUGCAGACGAUGUUGCACUGGAAACACUCCUCCCUCUCAUAACGGAUGCCAUUGAGACUAUGAUUGUUCCCAGUAACAUACACUCUGCGCCGUGCGAGCCUUCAACCCCCUCCCUUUUAGCUUUCAAACUUGUAGAUAAAUUAAUGUCUUUGGAGCGGAAUUCAAACGCGCUGGAGCUCUUCAAGGCUCUCAUCAAGUCACGCUUUAUCCCCCCGGAAGCCGUUCAGUACAUGAACGACCAGGCAUCCACCCGUGACUUCGAUUUCAUCCUUCGCUCCGCUCUUUGCAAGGCUGCUGCUCAUUGGGGGUGGCAUUCUCAUGCGAUUCUACUGGCUCGCGAGCUUGCAAUAGCACCUCCCAGUCCAUCCCCGGCUGCAUUGCAACUCUGUUGCGAGACCCUUUACUCCGCAUUGAAUGCAAACUCGUCCCCCCUUUUGGAUCUUUGCGUCGACUUGCUCGUCUUACUGGACGUACGUGACAUCACAUGGACGAUACCCCGCGGACUACUUCGACUCUUCUACAACCGUGCUUAUGAACAGGAUAGCCACACGGCUGCCGAGCGUAUGUACAGGCACACACAGGAUCCAGAUGUUCUAGAUUGCGUCGCUUACCCUCCUCCUUCCGGUCGCGCCCUCACCUGGUUGAUGAGGUACCUAGCAGUCAGUUCGCAGAACACCCAUUUGGCUCGACAACUUGCAAAACAGGUACUCGACGACGGGGAACCCAUCCCGCCUCCCGAUCGCGCCAUCUUCAUAAGCUGCGCAGCCGUACGUGGUUUGGCUUCGCAGGCACGAGCUCUUUGGGAGCGCUACGCCACGGGGAAUGACCGUCAGCUCGUCACUGGAAACGGCAGAACUAUGCUUCGGAUGGUUAGCCUGUUUCAAGCUCUUGUCUCGCGUGCCAAGUCGAAAGCAGGCUACUUUGGUCAAGGUGAACAAGAUGACGCGGCUCAAAGCAAGGAGGAGGAAGAGGGUAAAGCGGAGGACUAUUCACGCUUCCUGUCGCGCGUGUUGGAUGAAUUUGAAGAAUGCCACAGACCUCUGCAGGAUGCUGAACAUUUUAACCUCACGUCGAUCGCUCGGGCAUGCAUCCUAGUUGGCCGUAUCAAAGAGGGCCUUGCGGCAUUCAAGAUGUUGCUCGCACGCAAGGAAAUACCGGACCAGGUUGAUAUCAACGUCGGCUUAUCUGCGAUGGCUCAACACUCUCCCCGGGACGCAGCUCAAGUCGUUGAAGAGAUGCUGAAGCGGGGUAUGUACCCUGAUGCGGUCACUUAUGGCACGAUUCUUCAUCAUGCCCUCAUCCAUGAUGACACGCAGUUGGCCCACGCCCUUCUAUCGCAGAUGCGCGAGCAGAGUCAAGAACUCUCAUCCAAGACGGUGACGUCCCUAAUACAUGCCUCCAUGCAGUCGAAGGAUGGCUCAGCGAGCUCCAAACCAAACAUACGGCGCGCUUGGGAUAUCAUAUCGACAUUGGACCGCACCAAGCAUGGUGUGCCGCCGAGCGUUGGGAAGCACUGCGCAGAUGCUGCGUUGCAGGCUGAUGAUCCAGAGAUGGCUUUCAAAUUCUGGGAGGCAGUGAUGCGGGAGAAGGUCGAGUGGGAUGACAGGAAGCACGUUUUGCUACGAACGUCGAUCGCUCGCGUGCUACGCCGUCACUGCGAAGCGGAGCGUAUAUCGAGAUCUCGUGUCGAGAUGAUGCUUGCGCGGAUGCGACAGGGACCACGUAGUUAGAGAAGUUGUCGAGUCAUCAUAGAUAAAUACGCUACUGUAGUAAUGAUACAAUAAUCC